GAGAAAAGUAUCAAUAGAGAGAGCCGGGUGGUAACAUAAAUCCAGAAAAUGUUAAAUGUGUGAGGGACGUUCAAAUUUUUGAGGAGUUGACUAGCGACCUUCAAGUUGGUAUGAUAUUAGAUCCCAGUUGCAGUGAACUUCAAACAUCACAGAAAUUGUUCACCAACAGGAGAUCUCUUGACGAGAAGCAUAUAAAUCUUGUUAAUCUUAAUUCACAAUUUUCAAACCAAUGUCGUGAAUAUUUUUAUGCUCUGUCGGACUUUUGGGCGAAUGAUAAGAGUGUUCGAGAGGCACUCCACAUAGCACAGGGUAGUAUUGGGAAAUGGGACAGAUGCAGCAAUCAUUUGGAAUAUGAAUAUGACCUAGACAGUGUAGUUCCAUAUCAUGCAAAUCUCAGUGCUAAAGGUUAUAGAUCGCUUAUUUAUAGUGGAGACCAUGAUAUGAUUGUACCAUUCCUAUCAACGCAAGCAUGGAUACGGUCUCUAAAUUACUCUAUUAUUGAUGAAUGGCGACAAUGGGAUGUCGAAGACCAAGUUGCUGGGUACACAAGGACUUACUCCAAUAAUAUGACAUUUGCAACGGUGAAGGGUGGAGGCCAUAACGCUCCUGAGUUUAAACCUUCUCAAUGCCAAGUUAUGGUAGGAAGAUGGCUUUCUUCCAAUCCACUGUGAUCAAUCUACUGAUUAAUGUUCUAUCUUCAAUAAUUAAAUUAGGCAUGAUUGCUUAAUUUGUAACCAUUAUUUCUAUCAUUAUUAAGAGUACGUUAUUUGUAUUA